GGACAUAAUAAUUGAGUAUUCAAACAAGGUAAUGGAAUUAGGACAAGUACUGCUCCAACUACUGUCAGAAUCUCUUGGUCUUGAUCCUAAUUACUUGAGAGACAUUGGCUGUGCAAAGGGUCUUUGUGUGGCUGGCAACUACUACCCAGCAUGCCCUGAACCCGACCUCACAUUGGGCAUAAGUAGCCAUACUGAUAUUGGCUUCUUUACUGUGCUUUUACAAGAUCAACUUGGUGGCUUACAGGUCCUUUAUCAAAAUCAGUGGAUAGAUGUUACCCCUAUUCAUGGAGCUCUCGUCGUAAGUUUGGCUGACUUAAUUCAGUUUAUUACCAAUGAUAGGUUUAUAAGCGUUCAUCACAGAGUUCUUGCAAAAGCUGUAGGUCCAAGAAUUUCAAUGGCAUGUUUCUUCAGAACACACCUCCCAACGGAAAGUACCACUGUCUAUGGACCAAUUAAGGAGCUGUUAUCAGAUGAAAAUCCUCCAAUUUAUCGUGAAGCAACUGUAAAAGACUUCGUGUCACACCACUACUCCAAUGGGCUCAACGGUGUCUCCCCACUUGAACAUUUCAAACUCUGAAUUAUAUGCAUUUGGAAACAAUGUUAUGUUCUACCUUUAGUUAGGCUAGUAAUCUGAAGCGCUAUCUUGUUAUGUAAUUUAAAUAUGUGAACUUAAUGUGAAGGGAUAUUGAUAAGUUUGGAAUUUCAUAAAUAUUAAUAUGAAAU